AUGAGUACCACAUCCCAUUCGAUCCAGGCCUUCUACCCUCGCGAGGAUCAGUCGGGCCCCAAAACGAGACACACUGGUGCUGUGAACUCACGUAUUCUAGGUGAUGGGUUCACGUCGUCUGAAGUGGAAACAGUUAUAGAUCCCCUUUCACGACCAUGGACGCCACCACGAUCAUAUGAGCAAUGUCCCAUCUCACUCCUCCAGACAGGUCCCUUCAACUAUGAAAUCUCCGGCAGGAUUGUAAAUUUUUCGAGCAAUCCCCAAGAGCAAGGCUAUUAUUUCCUUGUCGUGUCCGAUGGAUCGGGCGCUAUUGCAGUUAAACUCUAUUACGGGAAGGCGUCUGAUUACCAAUUACUCUUCGGCCAGAGAGUUACAGUUUGGGCGACUUUCAUUGCCAAUUCUGCACAGGGUAGCUCGGGAAGCAUACCAUUUUGUGCAUCGUCUACUAAGAUUUAUCCUGGUCGCAGUAUUGCAACACACAUCACCUUUCAUAAGGACCCUCUCAACUCAGAUGGCCACCGUAUACUACGCUGUCCUUUAGACUGUAACUUAAGGGAUUAUACCUACCUGCCUGCUCUUAUGACUUUAAAGGCUUAUCUUUCGACUGGAUACGAUAUGGCAGAGGGGAAGAUCCUCGUCUGCGUGCGAAGUGUUGGGCCACGCAGAACUGUCCACUCAAAAAAACGGCAAUGUGAUCUCGAUAUGGUGGACAUAACCAUCUUCGACGAUACGGCAACUUGCAUCCUGAAGCUUUGGCAGGAUAAAGUCCACUCGGCCAAAACGUGGACUCCGAAUCAAACUAUUCUCCUGAUAUCAAAGCCUACCUGUCGAGAGGAUGACCCGCAGUCUGGGCUUGGUAUUGGCUACACCUCAAUGAUUGAGGUGGACCCUGAAUUCCCUGACGCGGACUGGCUUAGAAACAAGGUGAGAAGUAUGAAGAUGAAGCAGAGCGUACAUGUUCCCUUCCCUAUUGAUAUAUGGGAUAUUGACCUUGCCAUUCGUGGCCCUAACCGAACAUUAUUCACCAUCGCCGAUAUUGAGGACCAGGUGCGUAAUCCUGAGUCUGAAUCCGACUUCACCGGGAAGUUAAAUGUGAUUAUUGUUGAGAUGGGGUUGAUGGAGCAGUGGCGCAAACGUACUUUUUGCUGCUUUGAGUGCUGUGGCAUACCUGUCUACGCAAAUAAACCUGUCGCAAUUUGUAAAAACUGCGAUACACAGCGAAAUCUAUCGCCUAACCCACGCAUAAUUGGAUCGGUGAUCGAUGAAAGCGGCAUGAUUAUGGCUGGCAAGCUCGUGUGGCAUAAUGAUGCUUGGACUCAACUUUUCUUCGGGGACAAAUCGAGCGAGACGCUAAUUGCGAAUGACUCGGAAACUGACCUCGUGGAGCAAUCGUGGGAAGAUCUGACAAUUCUCAGCACCGCCGCACUUCGAGAUAUCGAGGAACGGCUGCUUUAUGCACGCAUCACUUUAACUUUCGGCUGGUCAUCUCAGCUUGAACGACUCUGUAUUAUGGGUGUCGAAUGGUAGUGGAUAUACAUUUAAAGCAUUUAAAGAUCAUUGCGAGAAGAUGCUUAAGCUAGAAGAAUGUGCCGAGUUGAACUACCUGAAAAACUCAGGGACGGGGAUGAUCCGGCUGACAGCUGACAUGGCAUCGGCAUGAGAGAAGAAUGUUAGGUAAAAGUAUAUUACUCGGUAGCUUUCUUCAUUUUCCCAUCGUUUGCUCUGGUUUCAAUUACACUUCCCUUAGAGGUGUAUAUAGGCAACAUAGAGGGGUUUCGGCUACCAUGGGUCUGAAAAAGCUUAAACUCAUUUUCCACGACGCCCACCCACAUGCUCUAAUUGUCGUUAACAUUAUGCCAUCAUAUUACAGUGGUAGUGGAAGGCGUUAGCAUAAAUCAUUAGGUCCUUCCAUCUUUAUUACAUGGGCAGUCAUUCCAACCCCUU